GUAUUAUAUAAAAAAAUAUGAAGAUGAUUUAGAAAAAGAUCAGGAAGAAAAUGUUGAAAGUUCAACAAUGGGUGUAGAAUCACGGGAAAUAGAACAAGACCGCUUAGAACACAUAAAAACUUCCACAAAAGAACUGAUAAAUACAAACAACUCUGAAAAGGUUCUUUUUGAACUAGGAAAAGAUAUUAUCAAUGCAGAUAUUAUAAGUGCAAAAGCGAGACUAGAAGCGUUGAAGGACCGGAAGAAGCCCGAUUGGCUGAAGAUGUACCAAAGCCCUGACAAGCAAGGCGAAACCCUGCUUCAUUUGGCAAUUAAAAGCCUGGAUGAUAUAGCUCUAGUUACAAAUCUAUCGGAGAUGUGUCCAGAUUUACUUCUGAUGUCAAGGGAGCAAUCACCAAUAUUUCACGGACAGACAGCACUACAUAUGGCAAUUACCAAAAGCAACAAAGAAGCAAUUCAAGAAAUGUUAAGAGUUGGCAUUAGAUAUAAGAAAAAGGAGAUGUCGACUCUGUUGCACAUUCGCGCAACAGGAUCUCGGUUCGUGAACACGGUGAUGAUGGGGCAACUUCCUUUAACUGUCGCCGCACUGACGGGGAAUACCGAUAUAGUUGAUGUUUUGUUGGAGUUUGGAGCUGAUUUAAACAUUCAAAAUGAAGAGGAAGACACUGUGUUGCAUUCAUUAGUUAAAUACGCAGCAACAUACCCAGAGAAAGUAAUAACCAUUAUUCAGAUGAUGCAACAUAUAAAUCAGAAACUGGAAAACAAACAUCGAAUCGACAGUAGCACGUUUGACCAUUUCGGAAAUGAUAUGCACCGAAAGGCUAACUCCUUCCUUUGGCUUGUGAAAAACAAAGAAAGCUUGACGCCUCUCCAACUUUCCGCAAAGCACGGAGUAACGGAACUGUUCGAAGAAAUUCUUAAUCUAAAAAAUGUGUACUGCUAUAUCAGUGCAAAUGAUGGAUUGUUUGAUGUCAAAGAGUAUGACAUCACAGAAAUAGAUACUGUCAGCGUUAUAAACUUGGCGCAAAGCCAUAAACAAUCCAAAUCUAUCCCUGAAAACUUCGACGGAAUAGCAAGAAAUAUCGUACAGUCAAAUCAAACAAACUGUGCCUUUUGUUGGUCUUAUCCUGAAACAGAAUCCAUCUUGGAAAUGCUUUUCAAUAGUGACUAUGACAGCAAAGACGCAUAUCGCAUCAUAGAGUUACCGCCAGUUCAGAAUAUCAUAAAAAUGAAAUGGAAGAGAUAUAAUAAGUGGUUUAUAUCGUGGAUGAUACUUCAUUAUGUUUCAAUGAUACUAUUAACAAUGUAUAGCGUAUAUAAUGUUGAACUGAGGAUUCCAAGUGUGCAAGCUGGAAUGUACAUUGUGUUCAGGGGAACAGACGAAGAAGAUUUUUCUUCGUAUGGAAGAACGAUGAUGGCAAUGUUUAAGCUCGGGAUAGGGAUCGACGAUAUAGGGAGUGUCAGAAGAACGAUUUCCCCAAUGGCGAAUACAACAGCUCUCUAUCAUUCUUGUUAUUGAAGAUCUUAUCUGUCGCUGCUGUUUUAAGAAUAUACGUAGUGCAGGAACCAAGAGGAAAGUUUGUGGAUUAGAUCCAAAAACAAGACAAAUAAAAUUCGAAGAAAGGUACUUUCUAGAAAUU